CAUCCUCUGCAACUGCUAUGUUGUUGCUUCCUCUUCAUCACUUCCUUUGUCUUCUUUUGUUCUUCAUCUCUUAUUGACGUCUUCAUAUAGUAUUUCUAUAUUCAAUACAGGAUCUUCACUACCCACUUUUCUUUAUUAUUCCUCUUUGCCUACUUUUUCUUCGUAUAUACACAUACACAAAAAAAAUAAAAGAAGAUUAGUCAACCUUCUUUUUCACUUUUCAGAUUAAUUUCUUUCUUUAUUUUCUCCUCCCGCUCUUCCAGAAACACGUUUAGUGGAAGACCGGAGAUUACAAAGUUAUAUAUAUAUAAAUAACAUCAACCCAUUUCAUAUAUACAAAAACAAGAACCACCCAUUAAUGGCGUGUAAUAAUCUAACAGAUAUGCAAGAGCCAAGCAUAGAUACAGAUAAGUUGAGCUACGAGCUUUUCUCGAUAUUAGAAAGCAAGUUUUUAUUCGGUUACGAUGAUCAGAAGCUAUGGAUUCCUAAACAAACACCUCCUCCUCCUCCAUCUGUUGAACACCACAACAAUAACAACAAAGACACGUCAUCACCGGUUCAGGCAAUAAAAAACCAGAGAGGCAAAAUCUGCAUCCUCAGCAUAGAUGGUGGUGGAAUGCGAAGCAUCCUAUCAGGAAAAUCUUUAGCCUAUUUAGAACAAGCACUCAAGGUUAAAUCAGGAGAUCCAGAUGCAAGAAUCGCUGAUUACUUCGAUGUGGCAGCCGGUUCAGGCUUUGGAGGUAUAUUCACCGCCAUGCUCUUCUCCUUAAAUGACCAAAACCGCCCGUUAUUUCACGCUGGUGACACGUGGAAGCUUCUAACCGAACAAUCCAAGAAAUUCUACCCUAACCCUACCAAAGGUGGGUUGUUUAAACGGAUUUUCCGGUCCAACACCGGUUCAGUCACGACCGGUUUGGAUAAAUCGAUGAAGGAAGCGUUUGUAGAUAAAAAAACAGGUCGAGCCCUAACGUUAAAGGACACGGUGAAACCGGUUUUGAUACCAUGCUACGACCUUUCAUCUACGGCGCCGUUUUUGUUUUCGAGAGCUGAUGCUUUGGAAACCGACAGCUUUGAUUUCCGGCUAUGGGAGGUUUGCAGAGCCACGUCAGCCGAGCCUGGAGUGUUCGAGCCGGUAUGUAUGAAGUCGGUCGACGGAAAAACUAAGUGUGUGGCGGUUGACGGCGGAUUAGCUAUGGGCAAUCCUACGGCGGCGGCGAUUACACACGUGCUUCACAAUAAGCAGGAGUUUCCGUUCGUGAGAGGUGUUGAGGAUAUAUUGGUACUUUCACUAGGGACAGGUCAGCUUCUAGAAGGAAGCUUUGAAUAUGAGCAAGUCAAGAAUUGGAAAGCAAAAGACUGGGCUAGACCAAUGGCUCGAAUUUCUGGGGAUGGCUCGGCUGAUAUGGUCGACCACUCAGUCGCUAUGGCUUUUGGACAAUACCGUAGCAGUAAUUACGUACGCGUUCAGGCUAACGGAUCAAGCUUUGGUCGUUGUGGGGUGAAUGUAGACGCGAACCCAAGUCCAAGCAAUGUGAAAACGCUCGUAAGAAUAGCAGAUGAAAUGUUGAAACAGAAAAAUGUAGAGUCCGUGCUUUUUGGGGGUAAGAGAAUUGCAGAGCAAAGCAAUUUUGAGAAACUUGACUGGUUUGCUGGAGAACUUGUGCAAGAGCAUCAGAAAAGGAGUUGCCGAAUAGCUCCCACUGUUGCGUUUAAGCAAGCUACACCAAAAGCUUCCCAAACAUCUCUCAAAUAGUAACCAAGACGAGCAAAAAAAUUACAAAAAAGACAAAUAAAUUGGAAAGAAAAACAUGUUUUGAUUUAUGGUUGGGACAAGAAAAAGCAUUGAAGAAGAUGGUAAAAUAGCAGCUUUUACUUUUUGGUUUUGUAAGACGGGAAAGCCAGUAUUGAAAUGAUAGAGACACUCAAUUGUAAAAAAAAAAAAAGGGGGGGGGGGGGGGGUUGGCGCGGGGAAGAUGGAGGGGUUAAAUGAUCUUUGUGGGAUUCUUAUGCUUGCCGGAGGACAGGCAUUGUUGUUGGCCAUUCCUUCUUGAAAAAGAUCAAAGGACAAAAUGAGUCCCAUUUCAAAUCCUUUUUUUUGAUUUUUUAUAUCUUAGAAUUUGGGGCUAGGAAGGGUUGUUUCCUUUGAUUUCCUCUCUUGCCCUUGGUUUAGUAGUGUUAUUACUCUUUCUUUUGAUAGAGUAAUAUUGUGGUUGGAUCUACUUUUUGUCUGUUCUGUGGACGGAGGGCAUUAUUGGGAAAAAGUCCAAAGAAAGUUGUCUUUUUUCCUCUUGUUUUCUUUUUGUUUUGGAAAGUAGGGGUUGGAAUGAGAUGAACUUCAUUAUAGAAAUUAGUGUAUGGGAGAAAAGAUAUGGAGAUUGGUUUCUCUCUUUUCAAUAGCACCACCAUGGAUCUCCUAAUAUUUGGGUAGAUGAAUGGCCGAUGCUACAUUCCAUACUUGAUGUGAUUUUUUGUAUAAAGAAAUAUCAAGCAUUUUAAUUCCGUUUUCUUUGUAA